GCGGCUCCCGCCGAGGGCGCCCGCAGGAAGGAGCGCGUCCUCUGCCUGUUUGAUGUGGACGGUACCCUCACGCCAGCUCGCCAGAAAAUUGACCCUGAGGUGGCUGCCUUCCUGCAGAAGCUGCGAAGUAGGGUGCAGAUCGGUGUGGUGGGCGGCUCCGACUACUCCAAGAUCGCGGAGCAGCUGGGCGAAGGUGAUGAAGUCAUUGAGAAGUUUGAUUACGUGUUUGCUGAGAACGGGACGGUGCAGUACAAGCAUGGACGGCUGCUCUCCAAGCAGACCAUCCAGAACCACCUGGGGGAGGAACUGCUGCAGGACUUGAUCAACUUCUGCCUCAGCUACAUGGCUCUGCUCAGACUGCCCAAGAAGCGUGGAACGUUCAUCGAGUUCCGGAAUGGCAUGCUGAACGUCUCACCUAUAGGCCGGAGCUGCACCCUGGAGGAGCGGAUCGAGUUCUCCGAGCUGGACAAGAAGGAGAAGAUCCGGGAGAAGUUCGUGGAAGCCCUGAAGACAGAGUUUGCUGGCAAAGGACUGAGGUUCUCCCGAGGAGGCAUGAUCAGCUUUGACGUCUUCCCUGAGGGCUGGGACAAGCGCUACUGCCUGGACAGCCUGGACCAGGACAGCUUUGACACCAUCCACUUCUUCGGGAAUGAGACCAGCCCUGGUGGGAAUGACUUCGAGAUCUAUGCAGACCCGCGGACUGUCGGCCACAGCGUGCUCUCCCCUCAGGACACGGUGCAGCGAUGCCGGGAGAUUUUCUUCCCAGAGACGGCCCACGAGGCGUGAUGUCACCUGUGUCAUGAUUUCCAAAGGGCUUCGACCAGCUGAGAGUUCCUGUGGUCGGGUGGGUGCCAAGGCCCACUUCCCCCGCUCGGGAUGCCCGUCUGUACGCACCUGCUGCAAAGCCCGGCCAGACAAGGCCAGGGUCUGUGCGGUGUCUGUCCCCAGCUGGUCAGCUCCUGAGAGCUGGCCUCCUCCUCCACCCUGAUGGCCCCGGCCUCAGCUGCUGCUCGCACUUCUGAGCAGAACAGUUUCUGUCUACACUGGGAGGAGGCAAGUGUGAGUGUCGGUACGGGAUGGAGCCUGCUCUGCCGGCCUGCCCUGGACACACAGGGCGCAGAGAGCGGUGGGGAAGGCAUGCACUGUAAAGAACUUUGUGUCACGCGGAUUAAAGUCCCCAGAACUAAG